CGAAUUCCACCCUCAGUCUACGAGCUCCCGCACAAUGAACCUCAUCCUCCUCCUACCAGAAGAUCUCUCGCCAGACAGUACAACAGCAACCCUCAUAGACUCCCGCCGCUGCAAUCACAUUCAUACCGUCCUCCAUCCCUCCCCCGGCUUCACCAUCCAAGUCGGUCUCCUGAACGACAAAAUCUGCACCGCGACCGUAUUGUCAUGCUCACCCAAAGUAGUCGAACUACGGCUUCCUUCGCGGGAUGAUUCCGCAGCCUGGAGGAAUCCCCCGAAGAAAUUGCCAUUCACUCUAGUCCUGGCCCUCCCCCGUCCGAAAGUUUUGGACCGCGUCGUACUCGCCGCUGCGUCACUAGGCGUCAAGUCCCUCAUCCUCAUCCCCGCAUGGCGCGUCGAGAAGUCAUAUUGGGGUUCACCCAAAACACAGCCAGCCCGGUUACGGGAACAAGUGCUUCUGGGGUUGGAGCAGGCGUGUGACACCGUCGAGAUGACCAUCGAAAAGGUCGAGAGGUUUGCGCCGUGGGUGCGGUCGUGGACGGACAAACCUCAAGGUAGAAGAUUCUUUGCGCACGUGGAAGGGGGAAGGGAAUGUCCGUAUAACAUCUUGAGUGCUAACUCUGAUGGGGAUAACUUGACUCAAGAGGAUGAAGGAGAGGGCGUGGUCGCCGUUAUCGGACCUGAGGGUGGCUGGGUUCCAUCUGAGGUCGAUGCGUUGACGGAAGCUGGGUUUGACUGUGUUGGGUUGGGACCUCGGAUUUUGAGAACGGAGACGGCGGUUGCGUGUCUUGUGGGAAGGAUGUUUUGAGGUGUCUUGGAGACAUGGUGAGGCAGGCGUGAGUGCGCUAUGAGGAGUGGGAAAGGAGUUUUGAUCAACGAGCUGUCGUCUUGCUCGCGGUGUGCAUCAACGGGAUGGUAGAUGCGUGCGGUCGACCCUCGGAGAACGCAUGUCCCCUCACGUUAUAUUUUCCAUUUAAGCUUGGAAAUGCAAUGCCGACUGAGUGCGUCGGAUUGGCAGGCGGCCUAGUGGUUCGUCACAGCCUUAGCUGGAACUGAAGGUGGUCUGCUUCGGCACAUGUGGGUAGCGGAUUUAGGUAGAGCCUUGGAUUAUCCUGGCUUUUGCUAUAUUUCUAUGGUUCGUGGGGAAUGGUUGGUCGCAUGCUCCAUACCGCUAAGCACUGAGACCUGUGGUGGGAAGGCCUAGCCAUAGAUACAAAGCGAAGCGCAUUCCAAAUACAUUCAGUAACAUGAAU